AUGUGUUUGCUGCGUCUGCUUCAUUAUCCGCCGGACGGGGAGCAGGCAAGACGGGAGAAGGGGCAGCUUGGGAGCGGCGAGCAUACGGAUUUCGGAACGUUGACGUUGCUGCUGCAGGAUGAGCACCAGGGGCUGGAGGUGCAGGAUCAUGAGACGGGCGAGUGGCAUGGGGUGCCACCGCAGGAGGACGUGUACAUUGUCAACAUGGCGGACUUGAUGUCGGUCAUGACGAGCGGGGAGUAUAGAGGUGGUUGGCAUCGGGUGUUGAACCGAAACCCUGAGGAUCGGUACAGUGUGGUUUUCUUUUACGAUGGCAAUCUGGAUUAUAAAUUGCAGCCGCUGGAUCCGGCAAAGAGGGUUGAGGGAGAGAGUGUGCCUACAAUUGAGGAACAUGACCGUCUGCGCUUAACGAGUAGCUACAGCAUUGAGCAGGAGUGA